GUCACGUGACCGCGGAACCCCGCAGCUCCGCCCUCACAAGACCGGAAGUGACGCGACCGUCACGCGCGCGGACUUCCGGUUAUACAGCGGCUAAUCGGCGGCACUUUACGCUCGGCGAAGUUGAAAGUUGGAGCGACCGCAGGACGUUUCACAAUGAUUCGCUUCAUUUUGAUUCAGAACCGAGCAGGCAAGACGCGCUUGGCAAAGUGGUACAUGCAGUUCGAUGAUGACGAAAAGCAGAAGCUGAUUGAGGAGGUGCACGCGGUGGUGACAGUGCGCGACGCCAAGCACACUAACUUUGUUGAGUUUCGUAAUUUCAAGAUUGUUUACCGUCGCUAUGCUGGUCUCUACUUCUGUAUAUGUGUGGAUGUAAAUGACAACAAUUUGGCUUACUUGGAAGCCAUACACAAUUUUGUGGAGGUGCUGAAUGAAUAUUUUCAUAAUGUAUGUGAAUUGGACCUUGUUUUCAAUUUCUACAAGGUAUACACGGUGGUGGAUGAGAUGUUCCUUGCAGGGGAGAUAAGGGAGACAAGCCAGACGAAGGUGCUCAAGCAGCUGCUGAUGUUGCAGUCACUGGAGUAAAGACCAAUGCCCGGCAUAAGUUUACCUUCCUCUCAUGUAACAUCACAGAAGGCAAAUGUCGGGACAGCAUUUUCAUAUAUAUAAAUAAACCGCUAUUGUGUUCAGGGGUCGAGGUAAUGGUUUCCCCACAGUUUAGAUUGAUUUCAGCAAGGAUGAUAUGAUCGGUGCAUAGUUGAAUAAUCGAGCUGCAGUUGUGAUGUUCACGUGGAUCGUCUGCUUUACUGAACGGUGACGUGUUGAAGCGUUACAAUUACCUCAAUUCCCGAUUGCAAGGAAAAUUGUAGCACCGUAAGCUGUGUAUAAAUCUUAGCUGGAAUAUUAUAUAGCUUACACAUUUUUUGUUACAAAUUGUGUGUUUCACCAACGAAGGUGACUUUACGCUUAUAAACGUUCCUUCAGCGCAACUGUACAUGUUAAAUCAUUAAGCUGAUGUGAAGGUUUCAGCAGUGCACAGUUGAUGAUACAGCACACACGUAGGCAUCAUGUUAACGCGAUGAGUGGUAGUUGACCAAAGGAGUGAAUGCCCAUGUCCAGAUAAAAAUCUGAGGCAGCACCGCAGAAAUGCAGGAUUAACACCCCAAGCAGCCAUCUAAGCUUGAAGCAGAUUCUCAUGAUUAUCCUUUGUUAAGCGAUAGACCUAUGGUCGUCACCGUUAACUAAUAAAAAAAAAAUACCGGAGGAUUAAACUUCAGCGUAACUUGGCUGAGCUCAGACCUGGUGGGAUAUUUUUUAAACAUUCAUCGGAUCAUGGAUGGCUUUGGAAUCGGCUGUGCACAUGGUGAAGGAAUGCUCUCAGCUAGCCGAGUUACCAAAAGGGGAGUCAGCAGAUAUGUUUCCAUGGCGUCUCCUGUUGGACCUUUAUUUAUAGAGAUGUCACUGCUGUCGGUAGGAAGUUACUAAAGUUCUACCUAUUUUGACGUGAUUGACUCCUUUCCCACAAUUGGAAUAUAAUUGGUGGCAACAAUGUAAAAAAUAGGAUCGCGUUUAAGUUAGAAGUUACGAUCACACUGAAGUGUUAUAUUUCUUUUCAUAUUCAGCAUACAAUUAAAAUACAUUUUAAAGAAAACCACUUUAUGAAAAUCAAGUCAACCCUUUUUUCAAAUUCUUUAUUUAAAGCAAUGCAAACCAGUGCUUGUAAAUUACUUUAAAAAAAUACAAUUGCUGUCUUACUGCUGUGAUUUAUCACUGAUUGCUCAUUGGUUUAAAAGAGACUUUGUAAAAAAAAUAGUUUAUCUUGCAAAUUUAACUAUUUAAACUGGAAUCACACCCUUGCACUUAAGCAUACCGUAUAGAAACACUUAAAUUCCUCGUACAGUCUGUUGACAUAUUUUUUAAACCUGCCAUACUGGGUUAUUAAUUUGUGAAUGUGCUUAACAAAAUAUAAAGUUAUGUUUUAAAGUAGUCAAUUGUGUUUCCAUUAAUUUCUGACGUAAGGAAACCAUUCCACAAAUGCCGACAACACGGCUAAUGAAAUUCACUUCACAGUAAGACAUGUCUGUAAAUGUUCUGAAUGUCAAAAAAGUGACCAAUUUGUAUUUAACUUUAAGUAUUGAUUUACCGAAUAUAUGGCAUUUAGUGUUACCGAUAGUAAAACCUGUAAUGCACCAUUAAUUUUAGUUUAUAAACCUUAUUGCAUGAAAGAUCUCCUUACCUUUGACAGACAAAUUAACACCAUAUCCUUUUAAAAUCAACAGUGUAUGAUGGUGAUGUUUUUGGUUCAUGAAAUAAUUGGAGUGGAUGUGGUAAUUGUUUAAUGUAACUAAAUGUACUGUCUUUUACCAUUUCAACAUCUGUGGACUUAAAACGUAUUAAAAAAAUGUACGUACGCA